AGUGUGGGAUUUUUUUGGGAUUAUGUUCUGUUUAAUGAAUUUAAUCUCCCUGCUUUGCCUUAAAUAUUUUCUAUGUCUGGAAUGUGUCACAUGGGGGACAGAUGAAAAUUCAAGCACAUAAAUCAAAACAAUUAUUCCCUAAAAUAUUCUACAAUAUUUAUUUUAUACUUUUAAAAAAAGGAUUACUUUACAGAAAAGGCAUGUAAUGGGUUUAAAGGUUUUUACUCAAAUUCUGUUUAGUCAAUCCAUUCAACCUUUAUUUUACUUUUGAUAUUUGCCAUACACGUAUCCAACCAAGAUAAAUAUCUAUAUUAAAUAAUAUAUUAAAGGUUAAAAUUUUAUAUGAAAUGCACAGAACACUAAAUAUAAAAUAAAAAUACAUUUUCUUUUUUUUUUAAUCCCUGAGUUUACACAUUCAUGAAAAAAGGAAGAGACACUUGCAUGCACAAAACUAACUCUGAACAAGGGAUUUACUUAAAUGAAAGUUAUUAAGAAACUUUAACACUGCUAAAUACUGACAAGAUUGAAUGUCGUAUCUUCAAAAUAAUAUAAACUUUUGUUGUAGAAUUACUCUGGAUAUUAAAAUGCGGGAAUAGAAAACAGUCAAUAUCUUAAUACUAGAAAUCUAGAAAUCCUUUUUAACUGUUUGUCAGUUAAUGUUGAGUAUAACUUUACUCUGACAAGAAAAAAGGACAGCAACUAUGGAAUAGGUAUUUUUAAGCAUCCCUCAGCAUAUUUAUUAGGGUAGUCACUGUAGUAGCAUCAAUCAAAGUUGGAAAUAUGUGACAAAAACACAUUUUAAGGUUUUUUAUAUGAAAGCAAACCUUUUGGAAAGUGUGAAUCCUGGCAGUCAUUUUGAACCAUUUAUUUUUUAUAAAAGUACUCCCAAAACCGUCUGUUUAAAUGUCAUUUAUAGUGUGAACUGUUUCUAUAUUUUAUUGUCAGUACAUGGCCAUAACAUGUAGUUUUAAAAGAAUGUAAAAUUUUCACCAAAACAAUUAAUUUGAAACAUUUUAAAAGUUUUGUAAUUAGUUGAUGAAGUGAAGUCUUUUUUGAUAUAAUUGUCAACAACUAUUAAGUAUUUAUUCUUCACUGUAGGGAACAUGAAAAUGGAAUUAUUUGCUAAACAGACAGACUGAAGGGACUCAACACAUUUGAAAAUUGCAAUGGUAACUAACAGAGAGCAAGUUAGCAACAAUGGCAAGAAGUUUAAGUAAACAAAACAAAACACAUUGUACACAAAGAAAACACCUACAUCAGCAAAAAUGCUAGCUCAAAUAACAAGAUCACAUGUUGAGAAACCAAAGUGUACAUAACUCCCGUACCACUCACUGUACCAGCUUGAUUAGAAGUUCCAGAAGUGCUUAUGAACUUUGAUCAGAACUGACAUUAAGCACGUUGAGUUGCAGCAGCUGCAGUUUGAUUUGCUGCUUUUUGUUCAAAAUGUGUCAAGAAUUGAUCAACCAAGAUAGCUGCCAUGCUAACAAAUUAUGACUUGGACUUCUUCAGCACUAUAGUCAUGAUAUUAUUAGGACAACAUCAAGACAACACUGUGGAACCAGAUGGAAGUUUAGGUAACCACUGGGACUCUUGUUUUAAAGGAUACAACCAGUGGAAUAAGCUUCCUCAGAAAUCCAACAGCAGUAAAGCAGACGAUGAGACUGCGUUUGUCCUCACGAGAUGCCCCGGUCAGAACUUCCAGGUGUCGUUGCUGCUCUCCCACCUAUUGGCUGCCACAGUUCUGGACUCUGAUGUGUUACUCCAACCCUAUCUGUCCAGUUGGGAUGAGCUCGUGAAGUUCAUGGAUUCUUUGGGUCCAAUGGUGGGUCUCAUAUCUAAAGAAAUAGAAAGUAAGACCACUAUAAUCCGCCAGCUGGCCCUGUUAUCUGGGGAGAGCCGUGAAGCAGAACUUAGCUCGAAUGUAGACGUGAUUAAGUCGGUGAAAACACACACAGACGGAUACCACUCUGUGCGUUCCAUGAUCUCUGUGGAAAUGAGCCAGGGUUUGGUUGACUUCCACCACCAGACAGACUCGGGAUGCCGGACUAUUCUGCGCCUUCAUCGAGCUCUGCUUUGGCUGAAGCUCUUCCUGCAGAAGCUGGCAGAGACACCAGAGAGUGGACGGCUUAGGAGCCCAUCUGAGCUCUGUCGGGAGGCCUACCAGGGCACACUCGCCAUGCACCACACUUGGUUUGUUCGCCGAGCUGCCGAGGUGGCCUUCAUUGCCAUGCCAGAGCGGGGCUUCUUUUUUAGGUUGGUUUGUGCUCAAAACCAAGAGAGGCUGAGCUUGGUGCUGAACAGAGUGGUCAAGGCCAUCGGAGAGGUUUAUGACAGGACACAGUUGGCCCUGGAAGAAAAUGGAAUGCUGGACUUACCUUAGAGUUAUGAAAGUGGAUGCUCUCAAACUUGGCACUGCCUCCACAGUCAAGCACCUUGUGAAUUCACUAAAAAGACACAAAGCUUUGAAAAGCGCACUUUUUUGUAUCUGUAAUCCCUGGAGACAAAACCCAAAGCGCUGUGCUGAAUGAACGCCAUUUCAGUUUUAUUCUGAUCCAGAUUAUAAAGAGAGUCUCCUCAUCUCAUGGGGUUCAGGCAGCUACUGAUUUAUUUUUAAUGUGAAUUAUUUAAAUAUGUGACAUCACAAUCCUGAAUGAUCUGUUCUAUGAUGUAAAAAGCAAGUGCAGUUUCAGUUUUUUUUAAUGUGAUGGAUGUUUCAUACUUCCUAUUGUGUGCAUUAUUAGACAAUCAAUUUGUAUCUAUUUUAGGGUAGUUCAUGCUGUUGAUUUAGUAUGCUACCUCAAAGCUGGCAACGUUCAGUUACUCUUUUACACCUGCAAGACCAAUCUGUAUAAUGAAUGAGUAAAGAAGAAAAAGAAAAACUGCAA